AUGAAGCGGAGGGGUGGUGAAGAUCUACGAAUGAAGUAUUUAGAAGCUUCUCCACUAAAUUACUGGGGUGCAAAGAUGAAAAAAACUAUCCUCUUCUCAAAAAAGGUAGCUGAAACUAUAAUUGCGAUACCGACUUCAUCGGCAGCCAGUGAGAGAGCCUGGAGUAUAUUCGAUCACAUUCACUCCGAGCGAAGGAACAGGCUCUCGGUGGAGAAGGUUGAAAUGCUUGCCUAUAUCUACAUCAACUACGGCACAAUUCAAAGGGAGGAAAUUGAUCUUGCAAGGCGUCAAUCGUGUCCUGAAAGUGUAGAUUGA